AUGACCACAGGAAUCUUCAAAUAUCUUGACCCAGCGACAAUUGUCGAGCACGAACAAGUAUGGGGCAAAGUCGACACUGACGUCACUUCCUAUGCGCGUCUCGAGAAGACCCUCCCUGUCGCCAACAUCCGCGAUACUCCUGAUGCCUUUGGCACCGAUGUGUCCGGUUUUGCCGUUUUCAACUCUCCGACGAAGGGAAAGUUAUUCCACGACGACCAGGUGGUAAGGCGGGACUAUUAUGACGAGGUUGAGGCACUCCUCCGUGAAAAGAUUCCUGGAGUCAAGAAGGUUGUUAUCUUCGACCACACAAUCCGGCGGAAUGACCCCGGCUCUGCACGACAGCCUGUCCAACAGGUCCAUGUGGAUCAGACCCCGAAAGCUGCUGAGAGCCGCGUAAGAAGACAUGUUCCCGCCUCGGAGGUGGAUGAUCUUCUACAGCGCCGCUACCAGCUCAUUAAUGUCUGGAGGCCGAUUUCACACCCUGCGACCGACUUUCCUCUGGCUGUGGUGGACUGGCGAUCGACGUCUCCACGUGAUCUGGUAGAGGUGAAGCUCUUAUAUCCAAUUAGAGACAGAGACCAAGACGACGAUGACCGCGGGAAGGAAGUGCUACCAGACCCCGCCAAGGCAAGGACAACUGAAGGCUACGAGGUAAAAGGAGAGACGUAUGGCAUUCUUCACAACGACAGCCAUAGGCUCUACUACGUCAAGGACAUGACCCCGGAUGAAGUCAUGUUCAUCAAGUGCUUCGACUCGAUGAGCGAAGGACAGCCACGGGGCAAACCUGGAAUAGCCGCCCUGACACCCCACACCGCUUUUGUUGAUCCCCAGACACCAGAGGGAACACCGGCACGACAAACAGAACUCCGGGACAAGUAUCUGCAGUCUGGCUGGGCCGAGUGCAUAUUGGCAACACUCUCCUGGGAAAACAAGCGAGAUGUCAACGGUAGUCCGGGGAACUACCAGACUGUGCAUAUCUACCAUCCUACGCUCAGUGGCGUAACAGCACCCAACGGUGCUGGAGCGGCGCUUAACUAG